UUCGCUGCCGCGCGCCGAAAACGAUGGCGUUUCUGAGGAGUGUGCCACGACGAUGCUGCGCCGGCAAGAAGCUGGCCAAGUGCGGCGCGCCGCCGUUGGCCGUGAUCGGCCUCCUGGAGAACGCGGCGGCGGCGGCGACGACGACGGCGGCAGCAACGGUUACCAGGGCACCGACGUCGCUGCGGCUGGUUGCACAGGUGCGUGCCUAUGCCACCUCCUCCUCCUCCGCCGCCGCCGCCGCUGACGUCAGGAAGCAACGGCAGCAGCAACAAUCGACGGCGCCUCGGCAGAUCGACCCGCUCGACUUGAAGUUUAACGACCCGAUUGCCGCGUUCAAGAGCAAGACCACCAUGGAGCUGAUGCGUGCCUACGUCGUCUACCAGAUGUGCUCCAUCGAGUACAUCGUGGAGCACAACAUGCAGUUUAUGAAACUGGCGAAGUCGCUGCUGGGCGAGACGCUGUUCUCGAAGCUCAUGAAGGCGACGUUUUACGGUCACUUCGUCGCCGGCGAAGACGAGGUGCAGAUCACUCCGGUUUUAGAUAGGCUGCGACAAUUUGGCGUUAAACCGAUCCUUGAUUACUCCGUCGAGGAGGACAUCUCGCAGGAGGAGGCCGAGCGACGCGAGCUCCAGGCCUCGGUGUCGGAGGCGGGCGACGAGAAGACGGAAGGUCCGCUGAAACAGUUUCACGUGGAGAAGUCGUUCGCCGACCGGCGAUACAAGGUGUCGUCGGCCAGGACGUAUUUCUACCUGAACGAAGCGUCAUGCGAGCGAAACAUGGACAUAUUUAUCAGGUGUCUGGAGGCUGUGGCGAGUGCUUCGAUGGGAAUGGGCAUCACAGCUGUUAAAUUAACGGCGCUCGGUCGGCCGCAGCUUCUGUUGCAAUUGUCGGAGGUAAUUAUGCGCGCACGGCAGUACACAUCAGACGUUAUCGGCGGCGAAGGUGCCGUUCUGACUCAUCACGCGAAGCCUGAUGAUUUCAGGAAAAAGUUCGAGGAAGCACAUAUAAAAGAUGAGGAGUCGGUGCAAAAGUUCCUUCAAAAAAUUCAGUCGGACAAGGAAGGUGUGAUUCACCUCUUUCCGUGGAGCGGUAUUCUAGACGAAAAUUACGAACUGAGUGAAACGUUCCAAGUACCUGAUAUUAAAACGGGCAAGAUGGUCAGGCUGAUGUCGCAGCUCACGCCCAAGGAGGAGGAAAUGUUUAGGAACAUGAUCAGGCGUCUGAACACUAUCGUCUCGGUGGCGGACAAUCUGGAUGUUCGUAUCAUGAUAGAUGCAGAGCAGACCUACUUUCAACCGGCUAUUUCUCGCUUAACGCUGGAGAUGAUGCGCAAGUACAAUACGAAAAAGGCUGUGGUAUUCAACACUUACCAGACGUAUCUACAAGACGCGUUCACCGAGGUGAAAACAGACCUCGAACAGGCGGAACGCCAAAACUUUUAUUUCGGUGCUAAACUCGUUCGCGGCGCGUACAUUGAGCAGGAAAGGGCGAGAGCGGCAGCUAUGGGUUAUCCAGAUCCCACGAAUCCAACAUAUGAAGCGACGACCGAGUCCUAUCAUAAGACACUCAUGGAGUGCCUUAGGCGGAUGAAACAGUACAAGGACAAGGGAGAAGAUCCCAAGAAGAUAGGAAUAAUGGUCGCCUCGCACAACGAGGACACCGUGCGUUUCGCGAUCGAGAAGAUGAAAGAAAUCGGAAUUUCGCCGGAGGAUAAAGUCAUAUGUUUUGGUCAGUUGUUGGGAAUGUGCGACUACAUCACAUUUCCAUUGGGUCAAUCUGGUUACUCCGCGUACAAGUACAUCCCGUACGGACCCGUUAAGGAAGUUCUGCCGUACUUGUCGCGGCGCGCGCAAGAGAAUCGGGGCAUACUGACGAAGAUCAAGAAGGAGAAACGCCUAUUGCUGAAUGAAAUCGCGAGACGUAUAGUGCGCGGCAAGAUCUUUUACAAACCCAAAGGCAAUUACACUCCGGUUUGAACAGUCGAUCCGUUUAGUUGCACACAGACAGAAUUUUAAAUAUUAAAUUAAGUAGUGAUUGUAAAUUAUCGAGAACUCUCCUGAAAGAACUUGAUACGAGCACUUCGGAUUAAAGUAAUUGAUUGAAGUAACUUGACGGACCUGUUACUGUGGUACUCGGAAGAAAGAGAGAGAGAGAGAGAGAGCGUCGUGCGCGUACUGCGCACAUGAGUGUGUAAUGCGAGACUUAAGCGUAUACGCAGUGUUAUCUAUUACGUAAAAAUCGCCUUAGUGUUGUAUUGUCGAAUGGUACCGAUGCUCAAAGUUGCUAAGUAAAGCUACACUGAGAAAAAUGGCCGAUUAAAUAUAAUCGGAUAAUCCAUUUACAUAAUAACAAACGGAC